CUGCUGUCAAAUGAGUAGCUGACAGACAAGCUGUUGUGGACCUGUGCUAGCUGAUAGUAUAGCAAAGUAACUUCAACAGUAUAGAAACUUUAAUAGUAAAGUAACUUUAACAGUAUAGUAACUGUGGUAGUAAAGUAACUUUAACAGUAUAGUAACUGAGGAGUAACUGUCCAGAAUGAAGAUACUCCAUGUUGUCUCAUGCUAUCUCCUCUUAGCUCUGUGUGUUGUGGAGACAGCUGUCAUUAAUGUGAAGGAGGUGGUGGGAGGACAAGUCAAAAUCAAAUGCUCUCACACAUGGGCAGGUGACAAUGAAAAAUAUUUCUGCAAAAGAGAAUGCUACCAUAGAGAUCGUCUUGUUCAAACUGAGGGCAACAAGCAUUAUGUUGAGAAAGAGAGAUACACCAUAGAAGACUUAAGGAAUGGAGUCUUCUAUGUGACCAUCAAAGACCUUAGGAAGUCAGACUCAGGGACCUACUGGUGUGGAGUGGGGAGAUAUGGCCCAGACACAUACCAAGAGGUGCAUCUCACAGUUACAGAUGCUCCUCCUAAACCAUCAACUGUCACCUCCAGACCUCAUUUCUCCACAAACCUCCCAGCAACAUUAUCUAACAUCUAUACAACCCUUCCAAACCUCUCUGCAACAUUAUCUAACAUCUCUACAAUGCUUCUGGCAUCUGUCAAUGGUCCUCCUUCAUCUAGAGCAGGGGCUAUGUCUGUCAUGGUGAUGAUGGUGAAGAUUGGGGUCUCUCAGAGGCCAAGAGGAAGUGAUGCAACUAUUUGA